AUGCUUCAUUCAACACCUACGACUACCCCUUCCGAUGGAAAUAGAGUCAGAAAGUCUCGGACACGAAUACCCACUUCAUGCUCAACGUGUAGGAGCAAAAAAAUUAAAUGUGAUAAGAAGCGGCCCACCUGUAGUAACUGUCUCCUGAAAGAUGGUGAAAACUCAUGUAAAUACGAAACACAACCAUGGUCCAAAGGUACGCGAACCGCUGAAGCGGCAAUAGAAAGGUUACAAGAGGAGAUAAUGGGGUUAAAAGAUACCAUAAGGUCUUUGGAAUCGACAAUAGAAAUACAGCGACGUGAACUGGAGAACGCCAGUAUUGGAUCAACAGAUACUUCCCCGCCAUCCGUAUUUGACGCUGAUGAAACUAUAAGAGGCAAGCAACACGAAAAUAGAGAUAUUCUUGAUUUAAGCAAGUUCUCGCACCGGUAUUGCAUAAAGAACUUGAAGGUUCUCUAUUUUGGUCCCACAUCGCAUAUGUUUCUUCUCUUGAAUGAUCGUUACUCGGUAGAUGUGUUUUCCGAUUACCUUAAAGAACAGAGCCAAAAGUUUAAACUCAAAUCAACGUCGUUAGAAAUUCAGAAUGAUGCAGAUUUUAGCCAGAAUUGCCCUACUGUAGAUGAUUGCACUAAGGUUGAUACUAUAGCACCUGAUGAACCCUUGGUACUCCCGGCGCUUCCAUCCCUAAGAAUUGUUAAUGGGUUAAUUCAAAGAUUUUUUAGGUUGUGCUACAUAUUUGCGCCUAUUAUUGACGAAAGAAUAUUCAUGAAUGAGGUUGGCCAAAUAUUUAAGAAUAAAGAAACAAUAGAUCAUGAUGAUCUCUGUUAUAGAGGCUCAACAAUUGCCAUUCUUUUCAUCGUGUUACGAUUUGCAUAUUUAACUAUACCGUUAAAGAAAAAUCAGAAUACUUAUCUGGGCGGGCCCGAUAGUGAUUUGUUACAGCUAAUAGAGAAUACGAACGCAAAUAUAUCUUCUUAUUAUGUGGAUUAUGCCCAGCACCUUAUUUUAGGGUCUCGCGGAUAUGAAAAGAUAGACUUCAGAAAAAUCCAAGCUGUAUUGUUUCUCAAGGUUUAUAGAAUGCAUUGUCCUGAGAAUGAAGAUAAGACAUCAGGGUCGAAUAUUCUAGUUGCAAUUGCUGCACAAAUGGCAAGGUUUCAUGGCUUACAUAAAGACCCUAGUACGUUAGCGGUGCUUACUAUUGACAAUAGCGAUAUUCACUUGUGGAGAAAAACAUGGGCAUCUCUUUUAUACCUUGAUUCUUUGCAAGCGUUCGAAUUCGGAAUGCCGUUGCUAGUACAAGAUAAUGGGAGUGACACUAAAGAACCAUUCAGGGACCUUUUGAGUAAUGAAUUCUGGUCAUCAAAUGAGACAAUAGCUAAUUCGUUCAAUAUUAAGUGUACGACUGCCCGCUUGUUGAGGAAAACUGUGAAAAUUCUUAAUCAUGGGAACGAUCUUACAAUGAUAGCGGAAGUAGAGGAAUUAUUAUCAGAAUUUGAUGAUUUGUUGAACAAACGAAUACGUCCGUUUGAAAUAUUAUAUAAUUCGAGGGGUCUGAUUGCAGAACUGGCUGAAGCGGCUUAUGAAAUCAUGCUUCGUAUGAUGAUCUCACAUAACCUUCUCACUCUACAGUAUUUGUUAUAUUUAUCAGCCACAGGAGAAGCCAAGGAAAAGUACCUAUACCAUGCUGUUGAAAAUAUCUUCACUAUAUUUGGUGUUUCGUUUCAAUUUGCAGAAGACGCAUCCAUUGUGGUCUGUCCUGAAUUUGAAACCUUACUUGGUCCACAAAUUUGGAAUCCGAUGAAAACGGUGAUGUGUGUACUUAGUGGGUUUUUGCUUAGGAUCUUAAAUGGUGAAGUGUCAUUAUACAAAGCUGCGAAAACUUUUAGGCCUUCUUCUGUAGCUGCUGCAUUUUGGACUAAAAUAGUACAUGAAAAUAAAGAAGAAUGUCUUAAGAACUUUCUUUGCGUAAUUGAACAGUUCUAUGGAACAACCGUUCGGCUUUCUGUUAAGUAUUUCCAUUGUUUUCUUCUUUGUUUCACAGUAAAAAUAAUUUUGGAUUAUUUCAAAAACAAAUAUCCAGAAAUGAUGCAAAAUAGCACUUAUUCGACCAUUGAUACGAACACUAAUAAGUCAGUAGGGGAUGUAAUGCUGAUUGAUGAGUUUUGGAAUACCGCUGAUCUCGGACUUGAUUAUACGUUUGAAGAAUUCUUAGCACAUCUUAAUUACAAUGCGGAUCCUUUUAUCAAUAGUAUUACAUAA